GCUAUCCAAGGGCAUGUCCAUCUUCCUCGACAUCCUGAGGAGAGCAGACAAAAAUGAUGAUGGAAAAUUAUCCUUUGAAGAAUUCAAAGCAUAUUUUGCAGAUGGUGUUCUCAGUGGAGAAGAAUUACAUGAGCUGUUCCAUACCAUUGAUACACAUAAUACUAACAAUCUUGACACAGAAGAACUAUGUGAAUAUUUUUCUCAGCACCUGGGCGAGUAUGAGAAUGUACUAGCAGCACUUGAAGACCUAAAUCUUUCCAUCCUGAAGGCAAUGGGCAAAACAAAGAAAGACUAUCAAGAAGCCUCCAAUUUGGAACAAUUUGUAACUCGAUUUUUAUUGAAGGAGACCUUGAAUCAGCUGCAGUCUCUUCAGAAUUCUCUGGAAUGUGCUAUGGAGACUACUGAGGAGCAAACUCGCCAAGAAAGGCAAGGGCCAACCAAGCCAGAAGUCCUGUCAAUUCAAUGGCCUGGAAAACGAUCAAGUCGCCGAGUCCAGAGACACAACAGCUUUUCCCCUAACAGCCCUCAGUUUAAUGUCAGUGGACCAGGCUUAUUAGAAGAAGACAACCAGUGGAUGACCCAGAUAAACAGACUCCAGAAAUUAAUUGAUAGACUGGAAAAGAAGGAUCUCAAACUUGAACCACUGGAAGAGGAAAUUAUUGAAGGGAACACUAAAUCUCACAUAAUGCUUGUGCAGCGUCAGAUGUCUGUGAUAGAAGAGGAUCUGGAAGAAUUCCAACUUGCCCUGAAACACUAUGUGGAGAGCGCAUCCUCCCAAAGUGGAUGCUUACGUAUUUCUAUUCAGAAGCUUUCAAAUGAAUCACGCUACAUGAUUUAUGAGUUCUGGGAGAAUAGUAAUGUGUGGAAUAGCCACCUUCAGACAAAUUAUAGCAAGACUUUCCAAAGAAGUAAUGUGGAUUUCUUGGAAACUCCAGAACUCACCUCUACUAUGCUAGUUCCUGCUUCAUGGUGGAUCCUGAACAACAACUAGAUAUUCGUAGACAUUUUCUUCAUGGUUCCACCAAGUGCAAAAUAAUUGUUCUUAUCUAAAAUGUCAAAUAGAAAAUUCUCUGUAGUUGUUAAUCUACUGUAUACUUUUGUUUAAUAUAGUUACUAUUUGAGCACUAUUCAGAAAUAUA